AUGUCCAGAGCAGCGUUUCGCACACUCGGACCCGAGGAUGAAGAGGAGGAUGAUCCUCGCAAGCACGACUGCAAGGGCCGGCUGGAUCAACGGGAGGCCGUCUUUAACUUCAAGCAGCAAAAGCUGCAGACAGAUAUGGAGAUGUGGUUCAUGGAGGCCGUUCCCGAAAUCUUCGGCGCGUCUGACUCCGACGACCUUGACGAGUCUUUGCAGGAAGAUGCACAGGCCGAAAUUAUUGAGAAGAUUUGCUCUACAGGAGACUGUGAGGCAAUGCGACAGACUCUGCUCGACUGGUUAGCUCAAUGUCCAGAUCCGCACAGGCGCGAUGACUUUGUGGGCAAAGCUGUUUCAAUGGCGCUGAAGGUCAAUAUGGCCGGAAGAUCACAGAAAUGA